AUUUAGUAAAAAAUUUGGGAUAGCAUUUUCCUUCCAUCACCUCACCUGGUUACUGGUUUGCUGCAUUUGUACAUCGUUUUGUUUCCGUUCCCGAAAGCCGCGGACAUUUUUGAAAGAAAAAGAAGAAGAAAACGCGGGCGUGUUGGGCAAAAAUUCACAUAACUGCGUCUUAUGUAUCCGAAGACAAGUCUUUGUUCGAUGAAUCCGACAUUGACUAGAAAUUGAAACUCGUCUGGUCAACCAACGUUCGAGCAAGCAGGUUAUCCUAAAGGAAUUUAUGGAGCGGAUUAGAUGUAGAGAGCUGGCCUCUUCAUCUUCUUUCUGCAGCACAAUUUAUUCAGAGAUAGAAGAGGUUGGUUGGGAGCAUCUGGUGAGGCUGGGUGAAGACCUAACAUUUCUCAGCUUCCGAAUUUUAGACAAGAAGGGAAGAACGCACACUUUGGAGAUUGUAUUGGAUGAAACCUAUCCGAAAAGCCCGCCUUCAAUUUCAGCGGAUGUGCCUUGUAUGUUUGAUUUGGAAUGGUCAAUAAAAUCAAGAUUGAAAGAUGUUGUGCACCAGUUUCAACAGCAUCUGGGGAAACUUGAGGAGUUUUGGUCUACCUUGGAUAGUAUUGAUCAGUCUCUCUUGGUAGUUGAUCCAGAACAGGCACAUCAUGCUACAGCAUAUCGCCUAAUCAAUCUAGGAAAUGAUUGUUUUCUCAUGUUACUUAUAGAUGCCCUUGAUCCAAGAUCUUUGCCAGAGUGUCGUUUUAUAGGUUCAGAUCCAAAGGUGAAGGCUUUGAGGCAGGUUUGGAGAAGAAACUGUAAACGAUGGAUGAAGAACAAAACUCUCCCUGAAAAUCUUGCAAUUACAUUGGAGACUCAACUUCCAGGGCCUCCAAAUAUCCAGAAGAAUGAUCAGCAAAUUGAAUGUGGAAUUUGUUAUGCACAAUGUCUUCCCAUUGAUGAUGAACUGGGAGCUAAAAGUGGAAGUGGCACUGAUUAUACUUGUGACAACAGCAAUUGCAGUAGGGCUUUCCAUAGUCUUUGUCUUGGGGAUUGGUUGCGUUCCAUCACCACUACGAGACAACUGGUAGGCCAUAGCACUAAAGUAGGUGGUGCAGAAUGUGCGUGUGUACCAAUUUGGGUCAUUUAAUGUUUUGUUUGGGAAUUGUCCUUACUGUUCAGAGCCGGUUGCAGUUAAAAUUAACUCUAAGAAUUAAACCCUUGUUCUUCAUGCCGUCAUAGAUCUUGGAUGAUCUCAUUUUCUUGGGCACAACCCUAUGGCAAGAGGCAGAGAGUCCUUUGUUUCACGAGACACCAACGGUUAACUGCAUUUAUAAAUUGCAAGUCUGAGCACCUGGAGAUGGAUAUGGGGACAUGGCAAACUCACCUCUCUUUGUUCUGGCUGAUUUUACUGCAGAAGGACUGAAGCUUCCUUUGGCUACGAAGAUAUUUUGAAGGGCAUUAAAUGUAAGUUUAAACAACAUCCUAUGAAUGCUCAUUUCUUAAACUUCUUCUUAGAAUUUUUGGUUUAUUGCUGAUUUGGCUAUGCCACCAUGUGGUCCACUGAGGAUAUGUUUUCUUGACCCUUAAUAUUGUUCUUUCAAAACCUUAUCUAUUAGUCCUUUUCUUGGCCACUUUCUAUCAUACUUGAUCAGGACUAAGCAAAGUGGUCCAAUUUAUCUUAUUGUCUUAGCUCUAGUUGUUUUGUUGUCAAUUCACUCAUCUAUCAGAUGAUAAUGUAAUUUGCGUUAGCAGUUAAGCCAUCUUUGU